UUUGGCGCGUAUAAAAGCGCGGGAAUGGGCGGGCGCUGAGCUGAGAGUGUUUGUGAGAGAAACUAACAAUGGUGCAACUUUCUAAAACCGGAGCGAGAGACACGCUUAAAGCUGGUCAUCCUCCCGCAGUGAAAGCUGGAGGAAAAAGAGUGGUGAAGAAGAGCACUGAUGAUAAUGCCAAUGUGGAGAAAGAGACCAAGAAAGCAGAUAAACCCAGGUCCCUGCUGGCCCCUUCCAGAAUGCAGCACCUGAGUCUUCUCCUGGCUGGUCCACUUGAGAAGCUGUGUCAUGAUUUCCCCGAGACUCCAGUUUCUGUGCGGCACAGCAGAGUGAGACCGAGCAUGGAGAAACCUCACGCCCCGCGCAACUCCAUCUGCAUUCAACAGCCACGCAAGUUUUGAGCCAAAAUAGCUUUCGCUGCAGAGCUUCUGACAACAUGACAUGCGAAGGACAACCAGGAGGUGUUUUUGUAGGCGACUCAUGGAUGUGACUUGCAACAAUGUUACUGUAAUGUGACUUCUGAUCAGGUUGUUUGUUGUAGCUUUGCAGCCUUGAAAGUUUUUCUUCAUGAAUAGUUUGUGCUUCAGCUGUGUGGAAGAUGCAUUAACCCAGUGUGAAUUAAAGCUGUGCUGUUGGAGAGGUUCAGACUGCUGCUUGGCUGACAUGAACGAAUGUUAAUAUGCUUGGCACUUAAUUGUAGCAUGAAUAUGCAUGGGGUUUCUGAACUUUGUUUUUGAUAAUCAAUGAAACUAACUUUUUCCUAAUCUAACAAAAGGAGACUUUCAUACCAGUAAAAUUCACUUUUCCAGCAAAUAAAAUGUUGGUUGUAUUUUCAUUUCAUGACCAUUAGGUGGCGGUAGAAUCCAUUCUGCAGAACCAAAACACAAAUUUGGAGCUUGGUUUGUUUUUGUUUUGUUUUUUGCACGUUGCAAAACACUUCCUAAACACCUGCACUAGUAAAAUAACAAAAAAUAGCAUGAAAUUGAAUUGAAACACAAAAUUAAAACAAGCGCUACAAUAAAUAAAA